AAGAGCACCACCCAAAAAAAAAACAAUUUCAACAAACUGAUCAUCGCAUCAGCUAUCUGCCUAGUAACGCGUUAAAGUACGCCGGAAGGCCGUAUAUUUACACUGCGAUGGCUGGGCGCAUGCUUGCUAUGCGGCUCCGCCCGCUGUCUGGUCGCGGGUCGACCGCGUCGGCAAGCGUCUUAUAUCGACCCCAAACAGGAGGGCUUUUGCGCGCAGAUGCAUUAAUUCGUGCAACGCAACGGCGUCUUUGGUUUGGAGAAAAUGCUUUCCAUAACUCUGUUAUCACACGCAACGCUUCCUUCGCUAGGUUCCUGCCCAAGUUAGUCAUGAAGUUUGCCAGAAUACCAGCGAUGUUCGGCGGGUUAGCAAUCGGUGCUUUUGCAUGGGUCCAAUACCAAGCCACACAGGCUGGUACCUAUGCGAUAAACGUGUUCAACAAUACAAAGGAUGCCGUAGCUGACGGUGCCUCACUUUUCUACGAACAAGCUCUGGCUGCCGCAGCUCAGACAAAGAAGGGCUGGGAAAAUACCAAAGAGCAAAUAGAAAUGCCGGAGUGGCUCAAGAAAGUUCUACGGCUCGAUGAAGAGGCCGCCUCCGGAGGGCCUGGAGGCCCUGGUGGUGCGCCUGAUCCAAGGCAGAGCAAAACUGGCCCUGUGGCAGCUGCGGCAGCAACUGUUGCAGCUUAUAGUUAUGAGAGCGACUCUGAUUCGGACCAUAAAGAUGAGUCCAAAGAUGACCAAAUGAUGAUUCUUACCAAGAAGAUGAUUGAGAUACGCAACAUCCUACAAAAGAUUGGCCAAUCCGACUCUCUUAUGCUUCCUUCGAUCGUGGUUAUCGGCUCCCAGUCAUCAGGCAAAAGCUCUGUGCUAGAAGCUAUUGUUGGGCACGAAUUCUUACCCAAGGGUUCCAACAUGGUUACACGCCGACCGAUUGAGCUGACUCUGGUAAACACUCCAGGCGCUCUCGACGAAUAUGGCGAGUUUCCAGAUCUCGGGUUAAAGCGAAUUUCCGACUUUGCAUCCAUUCAGAGAACCCUUACAGAGCUCAACUUAGCGGUUCCUGAUUCUGAAUGCGUCUCUGACGAUCCUAUUCACCUUACUAUAUACUCACCAAACGUACCUGACCUGUCUCUGAUAGACUUACCUGGCUAUAUACAGGUAGUCGGCCACGAUCAGCCUCUAGAGUUGAAACAGAAGAUUUCCGAUCUUUGCGACAAAUACAUUCAGGCUCCAAACGUCAUAUUGGCUAUCUCCGCCGCCGAUGUAGAUUUGGCAAACUCAACAGCCCUACGUGCAUCGCGUAGGGUCGACCCACGGGGCGAGCGAACCAUUGGUGUCAUUACCAAAAUGGAUCUUGUCGAUCCCAUCCGCGGAGCCGGAAUCCUGAACAACAGACAAUACCCCUUGCGCCUCGGAUACGUUGGUGUUGUGUCCAAGGCACCGUCAUCAGCUGGACUGUUCAAAAUGGGCUCCUCCAAUCUGCUCACAUCCAUUACGAAGCAUGAGAAUGCGUACUUCACUUCACAUCCCAUGGAAUUCGGCACUGAUUCUGGCGUGAGUGUCGGAACCUUGAGUCUACGAAAAAAGCUCAUGACCGUCUUGGAGCAAACGAUGUCUUCCAGCUUGCAGGGCACAAGCGAUGCAAUCAGGCAAGAACUUGAGGAAGCGUCAUACGAGUUCAAAGUGCAAUAUAAUGAUCGGCCUCUUUCGGCGGAGUCAUAUCUUGCUGAAAGCCUCGACGCCUUUAAGCACCUAUUCAAGCAGUUCACUGAAGAAUUUGGUCGGCCUGAGAUGCAUCAGCUGUUGAAAAGUGAGCUAGAUCAAAAAGUCCUCGACUUAUUAGCUGCUAGGUACUGGAACAAGCCAGUCAAUGACCUGCUUCAGCCUGCGGCGGAAACCGACAAAUUAGCUGACCUUCCGACCGCUGCAACCGACUCUCUUUACUGGCACCGCCAACUGGACGCGUCUACAUCAUCUCUUACAAAGCUCGGCGUUGGACGAUUGGCCACAACUGUCAUCGCUUCCUCGUUACAGUCAAGCGUUGAAAAGCUCCUCGAUCAGUCUAAUUUUGCAAAUCACCCUUUCGCCCGCAAGGCAAUCAUGGAGGCGGCAUCUACCAUCCUCGACGAACGUUUCUACAGCACAAGUGACCAAGUCGAAAACUGUAUCAAGCCCUUCAAGUUUGAAAUUGAUAUUGAUGAACGUGAAUGGGUCCAAGCAAAGCAGCAUGUGGGUAGCACACUCAAAAAAGAACUGCAAGACUGCGAAAAGGCGCUCGGUUCAAUUCAGGAUGCCGUCGGUGGCCGUCGUAAGCUCAACGAAGUAAUGUCAUUUAUCGACAAGGCUCGAAAGGGGCAAGUCUUUGUCGAAGGGGAUGGUAGAAGUGGUGCCGGCGGCUUCAGUGCCGCUCUUCUCGGUAAAGGACGUGAGGCGGUCUUCCUCCGUGACCGUGCUGACACAAUCAAAAUGCGCAUGUUGGCAGCGAAAUCCAAGCAAUGCUCGGUUCAGAAAAACAAGUAUUAUUGCCCUGAAGUAUUCCUAGAUGCAGCUGCCAACAAGAUCGCAUCCACCGCUGUUCUCUUUUUGAACGUAGAAUUGCUCUCUGAAUUCUACUACAAUUUCCCCAGAGAGCUUGACUUGCGUCUUGGUAGACACCUCUCUGACGCGGAGGUUGAAAUGUUUGCCAAGGAAGACCCUAAGGUUCGCAGACACCUCGAAGUUAUCCGCCGCAAAGAGCUCCUGGAACUGGUUCUCGAGAAGAUGGACAGCCUACGACAACUUGAAGGUCGCGAGCGAGAGCGCCUGGCAUCGAGCACUCGUCGUGAAACUGGGAACGAGCGCGGCCGAUGGGGUCUAUUUUAACUUGAAACGGACGGUCCAUGGACAUUGACCGUUUUUAACGACAAACUUGUACUUUAUUCUAUAAUAUGCUAAUACCACCUCCACACAAGGACACUCGCCUUCAAUUGAUUAUUUUCAACACCCUCUGGCGUCGUUAGUAAAAGUAUUUGUACUCUUCUGAAGCAGUAUAAUCUAAAACUAUUGCAUCAAUAUAUUUCAUUCGUAGCUUAUAAGUUAUAUAGUGUAUUUUUAUCUUUCUAAACCGUUUUAAGCUUUAUGCGUCCGUCGCAAUUUGAAAGGUGGUUUCCCAGCGAACAUUCCCCCCCAACCCAUAUCCUUCGCCGAGGGCAUUUUGUACAAGGGAAGCGACACGUGUACGUAGGCGGCUAACUGAAACCUCGUCACAGCCGCGAACAACAGUGAUUUUGAGAUUUGCCAUGCAGAGGCCGUAAUGAACUUGCCAGAACUGAGCAUCGUCUACGCGUCUAAUAUUUGGUUCUGCUGCAAUCUCACGCAUGACAGUUGACACUCCAUUGUUUCCGCCCUGUCCUCCGUAGGACAUCAACAACAUUAGGCCCUGGGAAACAGCUACGCGCAUUCCCAACGUGAACAUUGCCAAUGAAAUUGUGGCACAAAUUAGUCUAUCAAGCCAAGUGUAAAGCGAAAUAGAAAAGAGCGGAAGCAAGGCAAUGAUGCUUGAGAAAAAUAAUGUAAGAAAGUGGAAAGGAUUUGAGAGAAUGCUUGGCAACGAUGAGAGGUAGGAGACUCUCAUGACUUUAGCGAUUCUUGUAUGGUUUUUUAACCCAUAUGCGGAGGCAAGCGUGCUGAUUAUGGCUGCGGCUGCCACUAGAUCGAUAGAUCCCGCCGAAAGUCUGUCAUGAGAAUGUUCGUGAUGAGGCUCAUGGUGCCCCAGAGUCUCGAGAAAAUGUUUCAAAUUGUGUGAGACGAGAUCAAAGCCGCCAAAGAGGAGAAAAAUCGACAUGGCAAAGCCAGCGAGCACUUCUGCCCUCUCGAGGCCGAACGGAUGCCGAACACUGCUGCGCCUCCAGACUUCAAAGUUUCCAAGCACCUCCACAACCACGCAAACUGCAGCACUGCCAGCAUCGAAGAAGACGAGGUGAGAUAAAGCAGUUGCCGCUAAAGAACCCUCAGA